UUUUUAGUUACAUGCUAGCUAACUGGCUAAUUUAGCUGCUUAGCAAGUGGUUACGAUGCAAGGCUAGUUACUCAUAUUAAUGAAUACGGUUCUUUGGAGUGUGGCUAUCAUUAAAUAUGUAGUUAAAUAUAAACAUUAUUGAAAGCGAACUUAGUCUUCAGAAACUGACUGAGGUCAAUAGUAGACUGUUGAGAACAAUGGCAGCCACUCCACCUCCCAACUUUUCUUGGGUUGAUCCUCAUAAAUUAGCUGGACUGGGGAUGCCAAGGAUGACAGCCCAUUAUCAAUUUCUACUAAAUAAUGGAAUUAAACACUUAAUCACUUUGUCUGAAAGAAAGCCUCCUUACCAUGACACUUGUCCAGGGUUGACUUUGCAUCACAUUAGAAUACAUGACUUUUGCGCUCCAACUUUUGAUCAAAUCAAGCGCUUCUUGUCCAUAGUGGAGGAGGCCAAUUCAAAAGGAGAGGGGGUCGCAGUGCACUGUUUGCAUGGCUUCGGAAGAACUGGAACUAUGCUGGCCUGCUACUUGGUGAAGAGCAGAAAAAUCAGUGGGAUUGAUGCCAUUAAUGAAAUUAGAAAGAUACGCCGUGGUUCUAUUGAAACUCAAGAACAGGAGCAAAUGAUAGUGCAGUUCUAUCAGCAAAAUAAAUGCUGAUGUAUAUUAAUUGUUCUGGAAUUGUGCUGUUUAUACAGUUGUCUUUUAUCUUUACAGUGACUGAGUCAACAAACUAUAUAAAAGUGCUAUGUAAAAUAGUUUAGUUUUGUGUAUGUUUCAGACGGAGCUUUUAAAGUUUUUUUAAAGUACUUGCUAAAACUAAUGAGAUAUCCCAAAGUCACUAUUACAAUUUAUGGACACCUGCAGUAUGCGCAAUCCUGUACCUUCACAUUUGUAAUGUUAAUAAUCAGUGUUACAGCAUUAUUAAAAUUCAAAU